AUUGAAUCCGUGUUUCACUGUUUGUUGUCCUCUAAGGCUCUGACGUCCGCACAAACAUUGGCUGCAAUCACACAUCACAUCCAACACAUCCAUCUGAUCCAUGAGCUGAACACGUGUUGAGAUGCGAAGAGUGAGUCCAAACCGUUACCCGAGUGUGGGGACAGCCGUUUUUGAGUCAUCCAGUCAUCACUCAUUACUUCUGAACGGAUUGAAUGAAUUGCGAUCCAAUGGACAACUCUUUGACGUGACUUUGAUCGCCGGCGGAACCGAUGGCAACAAAUUCUCGGCCCAUCGGGUGGUGCUGUCCGCCUGUUCCGACUACUUCAGAGCCAUGUUUACGGAUCAGGUGUUUAUGGAGACCCAACAGAAGGAGAUUGUUCUCAAUGGAGUCACCAAUGAAGGUCUUCACUAUAUCCUUGAGUUCGCGUAUACCUCGCGAUUGGCCCUCAACUUGUCUAACAUUCAGGACGUGUUGUCGACCGCAUCUCAUGUCCAGAUGCAGGACGUGGUUCAGGCCUGCAGUGACUAUUUGGAGGAACAGAUAAUUGUCGACAAUUGUCGAGAUUUGGCCACAAUCGCAGACACCUACUCUUUGUGGCAGUUAUCCAAAAGAGUUUAUCACUUCAUUUGUUCCAAUCUGUUGUCAUUCUCGCGAACCAAUGAAUUACAGCGACUCACUGCCCAUCAAUUGACG